UAUAUUUAUAGUACUGUACACGGUUAAAUUAUCAUAUCAAGUUGGUUUUAUAAUCACAAUCAAAGGCUGCAUUAUUCUCUCCGUCCGUUUUUAUGCGAUGUACCAAAUUCUAAAAAUAGGGAUGUUGCUAGAUACGCUACAUUCAUGACAACAGCUGUUUCCGCUUUGUAUCCGAUGAAACUUAGCCUAGGAUAAUUCAACCCUGUUCCUCUACGUGCAAAGAAAAUGAAGCUAUAUGAAAAUUAAACGAUAUAAAGGAAAAGAAUGUCAUCAGAGCAACGACGAAACUUUCCUUGCAUCAUUUGCAGCAAAAGAACGAAACAACAUGAGAGAAGGCCUCUAUCUGGUGCAAACAACAAACACUUGAGGAAGUAUAUCGAGAAAACGUUCUUACUUAACUGCAGAAAAAAUGAUGUACUGUGUGGUAGAUGCAGACGAGAGUAUUACACAAAUACCACACAGCAAAGGAAUCAUCAGGGAAUGUCCGGACCGAAACCUGUUGUCCAAACCGAAGCAAAAGCAUCAGUGGAAUUUUCUCCCAAGAAUAUAACAUUACCCCUCCCAUCAAUAGGAGGCAGUCAUUCUACAUGUUGCGUUUGCAAAAAGCGGGGACCUAAGUUGAUAGUUGUGUCAUCGAAAGCAAGGUUUAAUUGUUUUUUGUACAAGAACGUGAUCAUUCCCUACGGAUCAAGGUGCUGUCCAGUACAUAUUGCAGAUGACAUUAUGACAGAGGAGGCAGUCAAUGUGAUGAACAACUUUAGGCAAAACACGAACUUCAAUCGAACAGAAAUUAUGAAUCUUCUCGGUAAAGUACGUGAGGCACUGCUGAAGAAAGAUGAAAAGGGGAUUAACUUUGAUUCUACUUUCAGUGAUACGGACACAAAAAAUUUGACUGGUCUCAACAGAGCAGCAUUUGAAAACUUGUUAACAUAUCUGUCGUCAAUUCGUGACACACAGGUCCGAAGUGCGAGGACCUGUUUGGGUAUUUACCUCACAAAAUUGAAAACCGGUUUAUCGAAUAAAAUAUUAGCCACAUUAUUCCAAGUUUCCAGAGACUCUAUCAGGCGUGCCAUAAAAUCGGUCAGAAAAAAUUUACUACAAACAUUUGCGCCACAUCAUAUCGGUUUCGAACAUGUAACAAGAGAAGAUCUCAUUAGAAACCACACCCGUCCCUUGGCUCAGACUCUAUUUGGUCAAGGUUUGAAUCCGGCAAUUCUCGUGUUAGAUGGAACAUACAUUUAUAUUCAAAAAAGUUCUCAGUUUCGGUUCCAGCGACGUUCUUAUAAUUUGCACAAACACCGGCCUCUGAUCAAGAUGAUGGUGGUAGUGUCUACUUCUGGCUAUUUUGUAAGCGUCAUUGGACCAUAUCUAUCUGACGCCCAGAACAAUGAUGCAAAGAUACUGAAACACAUGUUUGCCCACGACAAAGAAGAAAUAGUAAAUUGGGUGAAGGACGGGGAUGUUUUCGUUGUUGACAGAGGAUUUAGGGAUUCGGUAGAUUUUCUUAGCGACAUCGGCAUAAAGACAGAAAUGCCUGCCUUUUUGAAAAAAGGACAAAAACAGCUGGAUACAGAACAAAGUAAUACUUCGCGUCUUGUCACUAAAGUCAGAUGGGUGGUUGAAUCGGCCAACGCUAGACUUAAAUCCUGGAAGUAUUUUGACAGAGUUCUUCCAAACACUCUCAUACCUUUUGUUGGCGAAGACAUUUCGAUAGCAGCGGCUCUAUGUAACAAAUACCUGCCAGCUCUAAGCACUGAAAAGGACAACGAUGAAGCUAUUGGUUGUAAAAUGUUACAUCUUUCAAGACUAAAUAAUGACCUGCAGAUUCGAGUCGAAAGAGACAAUCUCGACAAAAUAAGAGGACACUGGCAGAAAAUUGAUGCAGCUGAUAUAAACUUUCCAGCAAUGACAGAAGAGGAGAUCAGAGGAUUGGCAAUCGGGGUGUAUCAAGUAGGUCUUGCAAAGUCCUAUGUACAAGAACAUUUUAAUGAAAACUCGGAAUUUGAAGUCAUGGUAAACCAACUCGAUCCCAAUUUGAUAUGCGCCAAACUUCAAAGUCGUCAUAUUUCGUCGAAAUCCUACCUUCUCUGGAUAGUGUUUGACGAGAUCCAAGUCACUUCCUGGUAUUGUAGAUGUCGGACUGGAUCGAGAGUUGUCGGCAUGUGUGCGCAUAUCGCAUCUGUACUUUGGUACCUGGCAUAUGCGCGACAUCUCUCUCAACCAUUUGCCCAUAUUACUGACUGGACCCAACACAUGCAAGACGCAAAAGAUUUGCCGCAACCAGAGGAAAUUGAUGACAGUGACUCUAGUGAUGACGGUUGUGUUGAAGAAUAACAUUUUCUGGAUUUUUAAAAUUCAGGCUACUUGCAUAACAAUGAAUAAAAUAAUAACCCUUAAAGAACACAUCUGAAUCAUUGUGUGACUUUUAAUUGUUAUAAGCUGCUCAGUUUACUUUUAUUUUCGGUUUCAUGGUAAUCAGUUAAACUUAGUGCAUUAAGGUCAAGGAGUAGGACUAAGGGGUAGGUUGAGGUAUUAACCACCCUUACUAAUUUAAUCUAAUAUUAUUUUUUCAACAAGUUUGUAUAAUUUAAGCAUUUAACAUAUACAUUCAGAUUUUUGAUCUAUCCGACAUUAAUAUAAAUAUCAACAGGCUUUCAGUUUUCCAGAAAUCGGCAAUUUUUCAGUGGAGUAUAAAACUUGCUCAAAAAAUCUAAAAAUUCCAAAAAUGGGGGUGAAAAGCCUGUUUGUGUAUUCUAAUAGACCUGUUUGAUUAAUCCAUGAACAUUUUUUCAAUUUUUAUUGUGGGGCCAAA